GAGUACGUCUUCCUAGGAAGUCACGCUCGAGGGGUGCAUGCUGCUGCUCCUUCUCCGAGGCUCUGCUCAGCCACGGACGCGCGUGGGGCUGCACAUUGCGGGGCUAGAGACAGCACCACGGCCUCUGGAAGCUUCCAGACCUGCCGCCUUGGUUGCUUAGGUGGAGAUAAGCACCAAAGGGUUUCCAGAAGGCUGGCUUUGCAUUUCUAAAUCUAUUAAAUGACAGCAACUGUCACAAAUGCCAACUGACAAAGUAAUGUUAGGGCAGUCACUACAAGAUAAAAUGUCAGUGACAGGUCAGUAAUCGUCCGAGUGCAGUGCAUGUUAAACAGCGCGUCCUCGGGUUUGGCAUCACAUGGCAACACGGGCAUGCGCUCGAGGCUGGCGCCGGAUGACAACUGUCUGCCUAUACGGCCGGGGGUUUAGGCGCAAACUUGCAAGAAAAAAGCAGCUGGCAAGGCCGAGGCUUGCGGCUCCCAAGAGGCUCUUCAGAGGACUGUCCCUCCUCGGAGUCCGAGUGCGGGGCUCACUGUGUCCUCUCGUUUGUCCCCGCCGUGCUCCAGGAGGAGGACUUCAUCCGGCCCAGCAGCCGAGAGGAGGCCCAGCAGCUGUGGGAGGCCGAGAAGAUCAAGAUGCGGCAGAUCCUGGACAAGCAGCAGAAGCAGAUGGUUCUGGAUUACCAGUGGCUGCGGGAGGAGGAGAAGUCCCUGGACCCCAUGGUUUACAUGAACGACAAGUCCCCAUUGACCCCGGAGAAGGAGGUCGGCUACAUGGAGUUCACGGGGCCCCCGCAGAAGCCGCCGCGGCUGGGUGCGCAGGUAUGUUCUGGCUCUGAUGAAGCUGAUAAGACUCGAUUCAGAGUUCCACGAGGCUGCAGACCACGGAUUGAGAAAAAUGUCACAGUUGCUCGGUUAGAAUCUAGUCCAGGAUCCUCAUUAUAUAGAUGAGGCCCAGAGAGGGGAGGCAACUUGCCUA